AAAAAAGUUGACAAGUUGGAAGAUGUUGAAAUGUGAAAUUUGAAGAAGAAAAUUCAUUACUUUCCACGUAUACCAACACUUUUUGGUCGUUAUUUUUUUGUCCUCCACGCAUUACACGUAAUUCUCCACGAUGUACUAUGAUAAGACUUCGCCGCCUAUGUCCCCGCAGCCAAUGUCGCCGCCAGAGUUGUCACCUCCUUCUUCGCCUAGUUCAUCACCAUUUGGAGGACGGCCCUUCGGCCCUCCUAUGUCGCCCAAUUCGGCAAGAAAUCACGAGGCCAGACACACAGCUUCGGCAAAAAGAACAAAAUAUCUCAAACGAAUAUUCAAGUUCCGACAAAUGGACUUUGAAUAUGCCUUCUGGCAGAUGUUAUACCUGUUCAUUUCACCACAAAAAGUAUAUAGAAAUUUCCAGUAUAGAAAAAAUACUAAGGACCAGUUUGCGAGAGAUGACCCAGCCUUUCUUGUUCUGUUGAGUUUUUGGCUGCUAGCUUCUUCAAUAGGUUUUGCCGUGGUGUUGAGUCUUCAUGUCCUUGCCUUCUUCAAGUUCAUUUUCUGGGUGAUAUUUGUCGAUUGCAUUGGUGUAGGAAUCGUUAUUGCUACAAUACUAUGGUAUAUCAGCAAUAAAUACCUUGUGCACUCGCCUCCUGGUCGGCCAACUACAGAUGUAGAAUGGGGUUAUGCAUUUGAUGUUCAUUUAAAUGCAUUCUUUCCUCUGUUGAUGAUACUACACUUGUUCCAGCUGCCAUUUUUAAACCAUGUGAUCAACACUGACUGGUUCUUCGGUCGAUUCUUCGGCAACACGUUGUGGAUCAUCGCUCUCUGUUAUUAUUCCUACAUUACAUUCUUAGGAUACAGUGCGUUGCCAUUCCUGAAGAAGACGCAGAUGUUCCUAUAUCCGAUGACGAUCAUGGUCCUGCUUUAUGUGAUUUCAUUGGCCGUUGGAUGGAAUCUUAGCAGCGGACUUUGUAACUUCUAUAAAUAUAGAGUCUUUUGAAACGAGUAGUUUGACAAUGACACUACACUGUGAAGGAUGUUAUGUUCAAAUGAUGGUUCCUCAUUCCCUGGAUAUAGGGCUUGUGAAAUGUGGAAGAGAAGAUGUAUUUAGAGUGACUGUGUGAUAAGCAUUGAUGCAGCAUGGUCGAGUUCAUAUCAGCUCUCUGCUAGUGAUACAGCUAGAAAUCUGAAAAGGCAGGACAGAAAAGGGCACAGCCUUAAAAUGGUAGGCUGUUUGCUUUUCAAAUUGCCAUGGAUGGUUUUGUUGUUGUUUUUCUCGAGAAAAACGCAAUAGCUGGUCUUCAACUAGGGAUGGGGUGAAUACUGAUCAAGUACUUUUCUGUUUGAUAAUAUUUUCUGCAACUGCUGCAGAUUUGUGACAGUUUUGAUGAAAAAUGUGAUGUUUUGGCUUCAAGUUUGAGAAAUGUUGAUUCAUGUGCAUUCUUGCAAAGUCUGUUAAUUUGGUUGAAAUUAACAAUGACACGAUAAACUCUAGUCACAAUAGCAACAUUAUUAUUGUACCAUUGAUGUCUAUUAUGACAUAAGGAGUAACGGUUUGUUGUACUGUCAGAUCCUUUCGGCGAGUUUGUUUAACUUAACCUGGCCUACCUUGCCCUAGCCUUAAAAAUGUCUUCAGAAAGCAAAACUGGUAUAUAAAACCAUCAAAACUAACACAAAAUAACGCAAUACAGAUACAGGUAUCAGCUGUCACCUUUGAUUUUGUGGCUAUGAUGGGCGUAAAUAGGGCAUGGGAACUAAUAUUUAGAGUUUGAGAUUUUAUGAAAUCGAGCUGCAGAGAUUGUACCCUUGAUGUAAAUAUUCUAUUGUCAUAUCAACACUACUUAUAAAAGUGCUACAUUGUUCUUUCACAAGCAACUGUUUUGGAGUCAUACUAAAAGUAUGUUUGUAAAUUUUUCCGUUUUUCAGACCCUCCCCCUGUACAAAGAAAAAUGUUAAAAUGUACGAUAUGUGCAAAUGGCCACCCAAAUCCUCCCCCCCCGCUCAGAUAUGUACGUACAUACGUACGUAUGACCCCUUUCCGGUGGUGUCCUUCUCUAGUGCUGUAUAAAUUGAACACUUCCUCAUCAAAUUGGAAGGUGGUGGUAUGUAUUGCAUUGUAUUUCACAUACUGUUAACUGUUUCAUAGCUAAGAGUUGGGGAUUUCGCCGGUUUUCAAUUAGUGGUAAACACAAUGUUUGCCGCUAAAAUUUGCGGGUUAAUGCAUUACUGUUGACAUUUUCCGGCUUUUUAGAUCAUCAUUUGGUAGUGCAUGUGGAAAUCCGUGAAAAUGAAACACUAGUGAAAAAUUCAUGGUUUACAGUACCAGCCUAUUCAAAGCAUCGAUGUUCAGUACUCCCUUGGUAUCAUGGUCAAGGCCAAAACUUUGUAAAUAGCUGUACUGGAUUGUGUACAUUGUGUGAGAAGAAGUACGUAACAUAUGGUCAUGUGUUACAUGUAUUUGUAGAAAUAAACAAAUGUAUUUAUCACGAAA